UUACAGCAAAAAUCAGCAACAGUCAACAACUCACCAUCCAUCUCCGUCGCUAGGCCACCGUCCCCCCAGAAUCCACCGCCGGCCGGCCGGCAGCCGGACAAACUUGCCAAAUUUACCUGUCUAGGCCUAGCAAACAUCAACUCCUCCUCCUCGACAAGGUUAAUCAAGAACAGCCCCAUCAACUGGGAGCUCAAGGACCCGAUUUGGUUAUUGUGGGUUUUGCUUUAUUACUUUGAAAAGCUAAUUUAUUGGAAUAAUGGUGGAAGUGGAAGAGCAGCAGCAGCAGAGCCAGUCAACUGAAGCAGAGGCAGAGACUGGGAGUGAAGUUGUGACUGAAGGAUCUAGUGUUGUUCAUGGAGACCCUCCUCAAGAUGGUAGUGGUCCUCCCAAGGUUGAUUCUGAAGUGGAAGUACUCCAAGAAAAAGUCACAAAGCAAAUUAUCAAGGAGGGUCAUGGCCAGAAGCCAUCGAAAUACUCAACAUGCUUCUUGCACUACAGGGCAUGGACUGAAAGCACUCAGCACAAGUUUGAAGAUACAUGGCAAGAGCAACAGCCUCUUGAGUUGAUUUUGGGUAAAGAGAAAAAAGAAAUGACGGGCCUGGCUGUCGGUGUUGCCAGCAUGAAAUGUGGUGAACGUUCUCUGUUACAUGUUGGUUGGGAACUAGGGUAUGGGAAAGAAGGAAACUUUUCUUUUCCAAAUGUUCCACCCAUGGCAGAUAUUAUAUAUGAAGUUGAGCUAAUUGGCUUUGAUGAAACUAAAGAAGGAAAAGCUCGUAGCGAUAUGACUGUAGAGGAAAGAAUCGGUGCUGCAGACAGAAGAAAGAUGGAUGGAAAUGAUUUGUUUAAAGAAGAUAAAUUGGCAGAGGCUAUGCAACAGUAUGAAAUGGCAAUAGCAUAUAUGGGAGAUGACUUUAUGUUUCAAUUGUUUGGUAAGUACCGAGACAUGGCUUUGGCAGUAAAGAAUCCCUGCCACCUUAACAUGGCAGCAUCUCUGAUAAAGCUCAAGCGCUUUGACGAAGCCAUCAUGCAUUGCAGCAUUGUGUUGUCUGAGGAUGAAAAUAAUGUCAAAGCAUUGUUCAGACGAGCGAAAGCUAGAGCAGAACUUGGGCAGACAGAUGCAGCUCGAGAAGAUUUCCAAAAGGCACGUAAAUUUGCCCCUGAAGAUAAAGCAAUUGCAAAAGAGUUACGCUUGCUUGCUGAACAUGACAAGGCUGUUUACCAGAAACAAAAGGAGCUAUAUAAAGGAUUAUUUGGACCAAGGCCAGAGGCCCAACCAAAUCAAAGUAAUUGGUUGGUUAUAAUCUGGCAAUGGCUUGUUUCAAUAUUCCGUCACCUUUUCAGGCGUGAGAGGCACAAGAUUGAGUGAAUUGAUCUUUGGAGCAUGUUGAAUUUUCUUGUUUAUGAAGUCAAUUAAAUCUGUUAGUGGUCAAUUGACUUCUUCAUGCAUUGCAAUACCCAUAGCCUACAUAUUGGUAACAUUGAAUUCUGUUUAUGGAGUCAAUGUUUUUGGUUCAUUUCAAGUCUUUAUGGGCAUGUUAAUGACGGAAACUUUGAUCAAGCUAACUAGAAAAAUGUUUUUGAGUUUGUAAUAGUUGUAUCUUUGGAGGUUGUUGCUUUUAGCUACUAUUACCUUUCAAUGGGUUUGUGCUUUGGCACUGUAUCUGGUGAGACUUUU